CGUGAGUACCGGAGAAUUAAACCCAGGCCCGGAGUCACUGACAAACCCGACCUGUCACUGCCAGCAGGCGGCUCCGCCCCGUGGAGACAAGUCCAGCCCCUUGGAGACAGCUCGCCUUUCCCUCCCCACCCCGUUUCUCUCCCCUCCUGGGAAACGAGGGAGGACUAGGGCCCCGAGUCACCGGUUUCCUGUUCUGCUAGGCUCCAGAGCCAGUCUCCUUCAAUUCUACCCCUAAGGAGUUAUUUAAUUCCCCGUCUAAACCCUCCUUCGUCCCAAUCACAAAUCUGAUUGCGCAUGCGCGACUCACCUACUGGGGUCGGUGUUCUAAGGUGCCCUGAACUGAAGUUUACGCAUGCGCAGCCAAUCCUAAUAAAGUUUUUUGGGAAUCUUGCAGGCUUCAUCGGAGCAUCCUGCGCAUGGGCAACAGCACCCACUAGAAAUCAUUCGCUGCUUACCGGUACUGGGUCCCUUUUGUCCCCUUCCCGGUUCUCCGAGCUUCUCACGUGUGUCCUUCCAUAGGUGGCAUCGAGGGGAAUCAUCAGUGACUUGGGCAGUGGUGGUCAGCAUGUCUGCCUUCCGAUCUGGCCUUUUGGUUCUGACAUCCCCACUGGCGGCCCUGACCCCACGUUUGGCACCCAUUCUGACCUCUGCAGCUCGACUGGUGGAGCAGACCCUGUAUGUCCACCUUCAGCCUGGCCUCAGCCUGGGUGGACCUGCCCAGCCUCACUCCAGCCACGUUCAGGCCACGGUGGAGAUCAUCAACCUCAUUACAGGCCUCUAUGCUGGUGCUGAUGCCCAUAGGCAUCUGGACAUCCGUGUCCUGCUGACCAACAUCUGCACCAAGAGCCCAACCCCACCACCCUCACUUGGCUCUGUGCAGAACCUAGCCCAUCCCCCUGAAGUGGUAUUGACUGAUUUCCAGACCCUUGAUGGGGGCCAGUACAACCCAGUUAAGCAACAGCUGGAGCGAUAUGCUACCAGCUGUUACAGCUGCUGCCCACAGCUGGUCUCUGUGUUGCUCUACCCAGAGUAUAAUCCAGGGGACACUUCCACAGAACCAUCAGUGGCACCCUAUUCUUCUGGUUUUUCAACCUCCCCUGUGCCUAAAUCUCCCAUGCACCCCCUUCAGGGCUACAACCAUGUGGCAGUGGGGGGAACAUUUGACCAUCUUCACAAUGCCCACAAGUUGCUUCUUACGGUUUCAUGUCUCCUAGCCCAAAAGCGGCUCGUGGUUGGAGUAGCAGACAAAGACUUGUUGGAAAAUAAAGUGCUCCGGGAGUUACUCCAACCAUAUACAGAUAGAGUGAGACAUCUGAGUGAGUUCCUGGUGGACAUGAAACCAUCCUUGGCCUUUGACAUAGUCCCCCUCCUAGAUCACUAUGGUCCAGCUGGCACUGACCCUUCCUUGGAAUGCUUGGUGGGCCUAGGAGAGCUGGCUUUGCAUCAAAUUUUGUUGCUGAAGAACCCAGACCAGAAAGAAAAUGAAGAAGACAAAGUUAGCUCCUCCAGUUUUCGUCAGCGAUUGCUGGGGACCCUCCUUCGACCCCCCUAUAAAAGACCAGACCUCCCAUCCCAUGUCUAUGUAGUGGGGCUGACAGGGAUAAGUGGCUCAGGCAAGACCUCUGUGGCCCUGUUACUUCAAGACCUGGGGGCAAAGAUUAUUGAUAGCGACAAGCUGGGACAUCAGGCCUAUGCACCUGAUGGCCUUGCCUAUCAGGCUGUGAUAAAGGCCUUUGGAACUGAUAUAGUAAGCGAAGAUGGCACCAUCAACAGAAAGAUUCUAGGCAGUCGAGUGUUUGGGGACAAGAAACAGCUGAAGAACCUUUCAGACAUUGUGUGGCCAAUCAUUGAGCAGAUGGGCCGAGAGGAGAUCAUCAAAGCUGCAGCUGAGGGGAAGACCAUAUGUGUGAUUGAUGCGGCCUUGCUGCUGGAAGCCGGUUGGAACAACAUGGUCCAUGAGGUGUGGACAGUCAUUGUCCCAGAGACAGAGGCAUUGCAGCGCAUUAUAAAGCGGGAUAAUGUGAGUGAAGCUAUGGCUCUGAGUCGCCUACAGAACCAAAUGAAUAAUCAGCAUCGUGUGGACCAGAGUCAUGUGGUGUUGAGUACACUCUGGGAGCCACAUAUCACCCGAAAACAGGUGGAAAAAGCCUGGACCCUCUUGCUGGAGAGAAUCAAGAGCCAGUAAUCUACUCCUGAAAGCUUCCCAAUCUGAUCCUUGAUUGCUGAUGAUUAAUGAAUGUGGUGUGGGAGAGCCUGCAGAGGGCAGGCUUUGCCUUGUGGGGAGGGCCCCUGGGGCAUUUCCCAGGGGCUGGGCCCACACAGUAGCGAUGUGAGCACCUCUGGCGUCCCCUAGAGGCUGCGCAUAGCUGGAGGAAGGGUCCGGCUGACCCCAGAUGUGCCUGGGGCCCCACGACUGACAGGGACCAGGGUGAAGGAAUGGAACUAAUUAAAGUCGAAUUUUCUUGUAA